UUGUGACGCACUGCGUGACGCCCUGGUCAGAGUUCACGCUGGAGAAACAUGGCGGCCUCCAGAGGACCUGUGGUGUUAAAGACGGUGAAGAAAAUCGCUGUACAGUUUUGUCCUUUUGAAUCCAAUGUUCGCUCUACGCGAGACUUUCUCGUCUUGGUCGGAUCAGAAAAGGCCAAGACUACAAACAUGAACUGUGAAGUUAUAGCAGAAGUGAAACAUGAUGGGUCAGAGCCUGUGAUUGACAUCACGUUCACGGAUGGUGAAAGGUUAGUGAUGAAAGGAGGCAAGCUGACAAGCCAGGAGAUGCUUUCUGCUCUACAGACACGCUGCAUUGCUAAAGACCCUCAGUCUAAAGCCAUGGGGAAGAAGUAGAUGUGUAGUUGUUUAUGCUUUGUGUAUAUUUAUUAACUUUACAUUUAAUAAAAUUAUCUCAAAAUCUCAA